CGCAGCUUGACUCGCUUCCGAGCUCGGUUUCUCGAUUUCAAGCAUGCAACGCGAACACUCUCGUCGUGGAUUCACCAUUAGUCAUCAAAAGGUCGUUGUAGAGCUCGACUUCUCUGGUGCGCUAUGGGGAUACACCGACAUCACGCUCAUUCCAUCCACUGCAAACUUGAAAACGAUACAUUUACACUCUAAGCAGUGCUCCAUUCAUUCUGUGACUGUCGCGUCUCACCAAGCCGAUUUCGUUCACAACGAUCCCUUCGCCCAUCUCAGCAUAUCCAACCCCCAGGACUGCCAUACCUAUCCCGAACUCAAGAGAAAGCUGUACUCCGCAAUUGCGGAAGGCGAUGAAGGAGAACUGUCCAUCGCGGUUCCCAAAGAGGUCUCCCUUAGGCCCUCCGGCCAUGUCAACCAAAAUGGCCUCGCCAGCGAAGUUGCGACACCGGAGCCGCAGACACCGGGCCCCUCCUUCCAGACCCCUCUGGCUGAAUUCAUGCCAAUAACCGUUCACAUUGAGUACAGCCUCCGUAAUCCCUCAGAUGGUCUUCAGUUCGUGCUGCCUACGGACUCGUAUCCAUAUCGCAUUCCACAUGCGUUUACAACCCCAUCGUCACCGGACGCUGCAAGAUGUUGGGUUCCGUGUAUCGACAGCUUCUGGGAAAAAUGCACCUGGGAGUUCGAAUUCGUGGUACCGCGAUAUCUCGAAGAACCCGAGAUACGGCGAAACGAGGAGGGCGAGUUAGAAGUGGUAGACGAACGCAAUCCCACUGUGGUGGUUUGCAGUGGCGACCUCGUGGAACAAGUCGCGCACCCUAAUAAUUCCAACAAGACCAUCUUCCUAUUCUCGCAAACGACUCUGACAUCUGUGCAGCAUAUUGCUUUCGCAGCAGGCCCAUUUCAUGUCUACCCGAUACCGCUUGAUACUGCGUUGGAAGACGCGGCGCCUGGUUCAUCACAACCUUCGAUGCACGCAUUUUGUCUUCCGGGUCAUGAGAACAUGCUUCGGUCUUCCGUCUCCUGUCUACGAGCUGCGAUGAACUUUUAUAGCACCGACUUUGGGUCAUAUCCGUUUGGGUGCUACAAGGUGGUGGCUGUGGAUGAGUUGCCGACCCAGCGCUUCGAUAGUGCAACGCUGUCGUUGAUUUCAGUCGACCUGCUUCAUGGCGAUGACGCUAUAGAACAAGUGCUAGAAACGCGACAAGUGCUUGGACAUGCUCUUGCAUGUCAGUGGAUGGGUAUCAACAUUCACCAGAAGACAUGGUCAGAUACGUGGCUCGUCAAUGGUCUUGCUCUGUACAUAACAGGGCUCUAUAUCCGGAAGAUAUUGGGCAACAACGAGUAUAGGUUUCGGCUCAAGCGCGAUAUGCAGCGGGUGGUUGACUGGGACAAUGGAUCAAUGCCUCCAAUAUGUCAACCGCAACAUCAUGACCCGCCGGAUGCCGCAGUCCUGCCUUUCGUGAACCUGAAGUCUCCGCUAAUUCUCCACAUCCUUGACCGCCGUCUGGGCAAGUCGGGGACCUCCCUUGGUCUCUCUCGCGUGCUGCCCAAGAUCUUCCUCUCGGCUAUGACCGGCGAGAUGCCGAACAACGCCCUCUCCACCCACUCAUUCCUCCGAACCUGCAGGAAAGUGAGUGGCGUCGACCUGCGGACGUUUGCAGAGCAGUGGAUAUAUGGAAGCGGAUGUCCUGCUUUCGGCUUCACUGCGACCUUCAACAGGAAGAAGAUGGCCGUGGAGAUAACUAUGCGCCAGGAGUGUCCUGCUUACAGGGCUUUGGAACAAAACGAGGUUUCGAAGUUGUUGAAUAAACCUGUUCCCUUUUUUGAGGGUCAAAUGACUGUACGCAUUCACGAAGCCGAUGGCACGCCUUACGAGCAUGUUUUGGAUAUUCGGUCAGCGUUCAAACGCUACGAGGUCCCCUUCAACACCAAGUACAAGCGUAUUCGUCGAAACACGAAGCGCUAUCUUGCCCGACAAGCCGCCGCUCAGGCCGCAGCCGAAGGUGACCCCGAGGCUGUCGAAGCUAUGGGUCUUAUCGACAUGGGCUUUGGGUUAGAUAUCUGGGAAAAGGAGAAGGAGCGCGAAAAUUGGAAGGUGGCUGACUGGACGGAGGAGGAAGAGCAGGUCAUGUCCGGCGCGACCUACGAGUGGAUCCGGAUGGACGCCGACUUUGAGUGGAUCGCUGCGGUCGCGUUUGAACAGCCGGAUUUCAUGUGGGUGUCGCAGCUGCAGCGGGAUCGGGAUGUUGUAGCACAGAUGGAGGCUGUACAUGCCCUUGCAAGGCAACCGACUGCCAUCGUCUCGAGUACAUUCACCAAGACUGUUCUUGUGUCUAACUACUAUUAUCGCAUACGCUGUGAAGCAGCUGCCUGUCUCGUAAAUUGUGCCAUCCGCAAGCUCGACUUCUUAGGACUCUUUCACAUGUUUAAACUAUUUCUCCGCUAUUGCUACGAUCCGGAAGACCCCAAUCAGGACCUAUUCUCUCAUAAUUAUGUUCCUAAACCUAAUGAUUUCUCGGACCUGGCGGAGUACUUUGUCCGCAAGAGUUUGGUGGAUGGGAUAGCGCAAGUCCGCUUUGAGAACGGAAAGACGCCGUCCGUUGUCCGUCAGUUCCUCGUCGACCAAUUGCGAUACAACGAUAACACGGCGAACCCUUACUCGGACGCAUUCUACAUUUGUACCCUGAUGGCUGCCUCGGCAUGUGCUAAUGUACCUACAGCACCUCCUGAACGCGGUGAACUGCUGAAAGAAGAAGUCCGCUCGGAGCAGACUGCAGAAGACGCGAGUCUUCUGAACCAGGCGUUGGAAGAAGUCAAUCGGUAUCGAAGCAUGGAUCGGCUCAUUCCCUCGCCCCACAAUGUUGUGACUACUGCUGUUCUCGAGUUUUAUCUUCUCCUCUCUGUUGCCAAUCUAGUUCCCAACGAUAUGAAGGUGUUCUUCCCGUUGACUCGAGAGGGCAAUUACACACAAGUCCGCAUCGCCGCGUUCGACGGCCUCUUCAUGACAAAAUGGUACUCACCCCCAAUUAUGCGCUAUGUGCUUGCCGUCAUGGCAAAUGACCCGUCCCGUGCGGUCCGGCGACAUGUUGCUCGUGCUGCUUGUCAGAGUCUGGCUCUAUUGGUGUCCAUGGGUGAAAUGAAGAAUGCCAUUAAGGAGUCGGAAUCCCUGCUCAUCGAGGAAGAUGGCUCGAUGCCUGAGAAAGCUAGGGAGGCCAAGAAGAGCGAGGUGGAAAUUACCAUCAAGGUCUUGCGAAAGGACAGGGAAAUUGGUAAGAAUGAGGCGCUCCGCGAGUUUUUGAUGCCCGUCGCACUCGCUCCUGACGUCGACUACGAGGUUCGCUGGGCUAUUAUCAAACUUGCAGACCUUGUGCUGCGUGGUGUAGAGGAGGCGCCGCCCAAGGUUACCAUCCACCUUCCACCUACGCCUGCAACGGAGACUGCUCCCCAGCUCCCUCUUGUUAGGCCUACCGUCAAAGCAAAGGUCCCUGGCAAGCCUAGCGCCCUCGUUCGCACCCCUACACUUCCUACACCUAUAUCUGCAACACCGAAGCUCAAGAUCAUCCCGAGCGGAUCGCAUGCACCUGCUAUCUCUACUCCAGGCGGCUCUGCAGGCCACGCUAAGCAGAAUGCUAAGCCACCAACGGCAGCACCAGAGCGACCGAAGCUCAAGACAAAGCAGCUCAAUGGCGUCACCAAGCCUUCGCACAUCCCCAAAGCGCAGUCUGGUGGCAUGGUCAUCAACGACCUGCGAGCAUGCCGGAAUGCAUUGAAAAAACUCAAUGUACACAAGAAUUGCCCCAUUUUCAUGCAGCCCGUCGAUCCUGUGCGCGAUCAUGCACCGAAUUACUACAACGUUAUCAAGAAUCCCAUGGACCUAAGUACCAUGAACGCAAAGGUUGAGAAUGGGAAGUAUAAGGAUCGCUUUGCAUUCGAGUCGGAUUUCCGUCUCAUGAUAUCGAACGCAAAACGUUACAACCCUGCCGGUACUUACGCUCAUACCGAAGCCCUUGGGCUGGAGGCUUUCUUCGAGAAACUGUGGACACGUAUCAACAAGACUUUGGAGGCUGCAAGCAAAGCCAACGAGCCGGAAGCGCUCGACCAUCUGCCAAGUAUCACGGUCAAGCGUCCGGUGGCCAGGCCUACAAUCUCAACGGCGCCUAUUCCACCUGCACCUCAACCGUCGACCACACCUGCACCGCUUCAGUCUCGGCCAACAAUCAAGCUCAAGGUUGGAGGAUCAUCACAGAAGCCUGCAGAGGAGCCCACAGCACCUUUGAAGAUCAAACCCAAGAAGCCGAAACCGCCAGUCGAGAUCGACGGGCCGCCACCGCCCUACGUCGACGACGGAUCACACGACCUCCUGCAAGAAGUCAUUGCAAUCGAGCGCGAGAAGGAUGAGAAACGGUCGCGACAUCAUGUUGAGCCUCCCAAACCCCCUACGCCUGCGCCCACACCUACCCCCAAGGCGUCCGGGAGCGGCCCUCCUCCUACCAAGCGCCGAAAACCAAGCCCGCAGGAGGACGGUCCUUCAGCUGUUACUCCCCCGCCGAAGAAGGAGAGGCCUGCGCCUCCUCCCGCUCCGACACCAGCGCCGGCGGCACGCCCAGCCGAGAAACCGAUUGCUCCCGCUCCGAAGGCUGCCCCAACUGCACCUAAGCCCAAGAAGGAGAAGCCGCCGGCUCCUGAGGUGGCACCAACGCCUCCUACUCCCGCGAAUGCUCCUCGACCGUCUAUCAAGGGCAAGGAAAAGGAGGUAUCAGCAAGUAACGCGUCGACACCUGGGAAGCCCAAGAAGCUGUCGAUGCCCGGGCCCUUCAACGAGAAGAAGUGCAGGGACACUCUCAAGGCGCUCUUGAAGCUGCCCGAGAGUCUGAUCUUUGCUCAGCCUGUCGAUCCUGUGCGAGAUGGAUGCCCAACGUAUUAUGAGGAAAUCGAACAUCCUAUGGACUUUGGUACCAUGUCUACGAAACUUAGUAAAGGCCAAUACUCGACUAUGGAAGAGUUUGCGAAGGAUGCCGGGUUGGUAUUCGACAACUGUCGGCAGUUUAACCCCCCAACUACCUACCCGGUAAACUGUGCGGACCUCGUUGAGAAAGUCUUCCGAAAAGAGUGGUCUAAAGCCGUAGAGAAGAAGAUGUCGUGGGCCGAGAAGAGGAGUCUGCAGGGGUUGAUGACCCAGGUCGUCAAGGAGGACAUUUCGUGGGUUUUCCGCGAGCCUGUCGACCCAGUUUUGCUUGGUAUCCCAACGUACUUUGAAGUUAUCCCGCGCAAGGACGCUCGAGAUCUAAGGACCAUCCGCCAUAAGUUGGAUGCUGACAAGUACGACUCGAUCGAAGCCUUCGAGGCAGACAUCGACCUCAUGAUUCGCAACGCUAUCACGUUUAACGGCGUGGACUCGGAGGUCGGCAAACUCGCAGGGGCGCUCGAGGAUCGCAUCAAAGAUCUAUUGUCGAAUAUGCGCUCCGGCGGGGGAACGAAGAAGCGCAAGGAUGGGCUGGAGAACGGGACGUCGCAACCAACGAAGAAGGUCAAGCUCGUCUGAGUACGCAGUAUUGCCGAAAGGUACACUAUAUAUCCUGCUGUAGCGGGUGGACCAGUAGUAUAGUUAUUGUACUUGUAUGUUUGCUUUGUUAUUGCUCUGUAUAACGCUCGCACCAAGUUCGAUAUAUAAUGCGAUGUCUUUGGCGCUAUCCUCGAACGGAGCCC